ACUCGCUACCCACAAUGCCCUGCGCUGAACGAUUACGUAGGAUCGCGCUUCAGCCGGCCUCACUGCCUGUACUGUCGUUUACAACCCGUUCAGAACCACAGGAAUUAUACAGAGAAAACGAAAGCACCCAAAACAGCAAGUUAAUUAAAACAUGAUGCAGUCCACACCAAAGAAAGACGCGGAGAACACCUGUGUGCUGUGUUGCCAGGACAUCGACAUAUUCGCGGUGGGGAAAUGCGAUCACCCGGUGUGUUACCGAUGCUCCACCAAGAUGCGGGUGCUGUGCGAGCAGAACUACUGCGCCGUCUGCCGGGAACAGCUCGACAAGGUGGUCUUUGUAAAGAAACCUGUACCAUUCGCCGCUCUAAACAUUCAUCAGUAUCAGAUUGAAAAGAAAUAUGAUGUAUAUUUUGAAGAUGGAAAGAUCUACGCGCAGUUCAGGAAGAUUUUGCUACAUGAAUGUCCUCAAUGCCCAGAAGGGAAAGUCUUUUCUAAAUUCGAAGAGUUAGAGCAUCACAUGCGAAAACAACACGAGCUCUUCUGCUGCAAGUUAUGUGCUAAGCACCUUAAGAUAUUCUCGUACGAGCGAAAAUGGUACAAUCGAAAAGAACUGGCACGUCAUCGGCUGCAAGGGGACCCGGAUGACACCUCGCAUCGUGGGCAUCCCCUUUGUAAAUUCUGCGACGACCGAUAUCUGGAUAACGAUGAGCUUCUCAAGCACCUCCGGCGAGAUCACUACUUCUGCCAUUUCUGUGAUGCGGAUGGCGCUCAGGAGUACUACAGUGACUACCAGUACCUCAGUGAGCACUUCAGAGAGAGCCAUUAUCUGUGUGAGGAGGGCCGCUGUAGCACAGAGCAGUUCACUCAUGCUUUUCGCACAGAGAUUGACUACAAGGCUCACAAAGCAGCAGCCCACAGCAAAAGCAGGGCCGAGGCACGGCAAAAUCGGCAGAUAGACAUACAGUUCACCUAUGCACCAAGACAACAGCGCAGGAAUGACGGUAUGCAUGGUGGUGAAGACUAUGAGGAAGUGGAUCGCUUCAACAGGCAGGGGAGGCCAGGAAGAGGACGAGGCCCAGGCGGACUGCAGAAUGUACGAAGCUGGAGAUAUACUAGAGAGGAAGAGGACCGAGAAAUGGCCGCUGCUUUAAGAGCUUCAAUGGCCAGCCGAUUCCAAGAGGAGAGAGGCCAUGUGCAGGACCGUGGCCAUGUGCAGGACCGUGGCCAUGUGCAGGACCGUGGCCAUGUGCAGGACCGGGGCCAUGUGCAGGACCGUGGCCAUGUGCAGGACCGUGGCCAUGUGCAGGACCGUGGCCAUGUGCAGGACCGUGGCCAUGUGCAGGACCGGGGCCAUGUGCAGGACCGGGGCCAUGUGCAGGACCGGGGCCAUGUGCAGGACCGGGGCCAUGUGCAGGACCGGGGCCAUGUGCAGGACCGGGGCCAUGUGCAGGACCGGGGCCAUGUGCAGGACCGGGGCCAUGUGCAGGACAGAAAUGGAUACAAGCCACGAAAAGAAGAAAAGGUGGAAUCAGAUGAGAUGAGAAAUAACAGGGGGAUGGUGAAGCCACCAACUGAAAGGGGGAUGGUGAAGCCACCAACUGAAAUGCAAGCUCGAUCAAUGAAGAGUAGUCCACCCUUGCCUGGUGAGGACUUCCCAGUUUUAGGGGCACCUGCACCCCCUGCCCCCAUUCAAAGCGCCAUCAAACCAUCAACUCCUGUCUCACUGAAGGAAGAUGACUUUCCAACCCUGUCUGGCGCAGUAGCUUCUGCUCCAAUGACGCCUGCAUACACAAAUCAACCCAGGAAACAUUCAUCCUUCCAAGAGGAGGACUUUCCUGCAUUAGUCUCCAAGAUCAAAACAGUAAAGCCGCAGGCGAACAGCAAAUCAGCGUGGUCUCAAGCAGGAAGCAAACCUGUGGUGGUUCCCAAUAAACCUGUGGUUCUGCCAACCAAAACAACCCCUGUUGUCUCUUCGUCCAUACUGUCUGCCAGUGACCCACCCCCAAGUAGAAGUGUCCCUCAGCCCCUCGCCGCCUCAUCAUCUCGCCGAAAAAAGAAGCUCACCCCCGCAGAAUCCAACAAAGCUCCUUCUAAAGUAAGAUGUCCGUCUUCCUCCGACGAUGAAGAUCCCAAGAACAGUAAAACAACCCAGGAGAUCCGAGCCGUUCCCACCAUGCUUGACAUCUCCACUCUGCUAACAGUGAAAGGUGGCUCAUCUCAGUCAAAUCCCAAAGCCAGUAAGAAGAAGAAGCAGGCAACGGCAUCAUCACCUGGGACUCCUUCGCAUACUGCCGAGUCGGUGUGUAAGAUAGCUCAUAAAGAAAACGUUCCUGAAACCAAGCCAUCAGAUACCAGUCUCACCAAAGGUCCAACAGCCUCCAAAACAAACUCAUUUAUGAAUGGGCAUAUGGAGAAGCCAACCGAAGCACUAUCUUGUACCUCAAUUUCUGAAAAUAUUCCUUCUCCUGUAAAGCAGCCGGCAACUGACCAAGUACCUCUACCCAAGGAAGAAGAUUUUCCAGCUCUUAUCUCAAAUAAACCUCCACCUGGCUUUAAAAGCGCAUUUCCCUUGAAGAGCACUCAGACUGCGCUGCCCCCUCCUCCUGGACUCGUACCUGUGGUCAGCAAACCUCCACCAGGAUUUACUGGCAUCCCGCUCAACAGUAAUGUGGUCGAACCUACAAUGCCUGCAGUUAACAGGCCAACACCUGCUAUUGGAUCCUACCUCGUACCUGAAAAUUUCCAGCAGAGGAACAUGGACCUCAUUCAGUCUAUUAAGAAUUUCCUUCAGAAUGAUGAGACCAAGUUCAAUGAGUUUAAAAACCAUUCAGGCCAGUUUAGACAGGGUGUAAUACCUGCUGUGGAGUACUACAAAAGCUGCCAGGAAUUGCUGGGCGAGAAUUUCAACAGGGUCUUCAAUGAGCUGCUGGUUCUCCUCCCAGACACUCGUAAGCAACAGGAGCUCCUCACUGCCCAUGCAGACUUUAAAGCCCUUGAGAAACAACAGCAAGUCUCAAAGCCCAAGAAAAACAAAAAGAAAGCCUGGCAGACGGGCAACACCAGCAACAGCCAAGAUCUGGACUGCCAAGUAUGUCCCACCUGCAAACAGGUUGUGGCAUUAAAGGACUUCAACGCCCAUAAGACCCUGCACAUCAGCGACGAUGACUUUCCCUCUCUACAGGCCAUAAGCAAGAUUAUCAGUUAGCCAUCAGUACACCAACAUCUACAGCUCAGUCACACAGGAUCUGGUGCUUCACCAGGGAAAAAGAUGCUUAACAAAAGGAGCAGCACUGAUGUGUACUCGGAUUGUUCGGGUUAGGUUGAAAGUUUUGCGCACCUGUUUUGAAGAUCGUGAAGAUCUUGUACUGUGGUGCGAGUUUAAUCUACUUGAAUGAUUGAGUUAUAACGUUAAUUCCUUUAAUACCUGUGCCACUCCACUUGUUAUUCAUCAGGUUUUUCUAAUGCUGUUAGCAUGCUCAUUUCAUUUUUUACGUUUUGUCAGGUUGGCUGCCUUUGGAAAAAAUAACUUAUUUCGAAACAUACCUGCCGGUGGGUUGAAACUUGUUCGUUUCUCAUUUCUGCUUACAUCUACAGUACAUAAAAAUAAAUGGUUAAUAUAUAGAUUUUUUUUCUUAGAGUAAGGUACAGCAGUAAAUGUCAAGUGCACAUUUUUGAAUGUCAGUGCUUAAAUGCUUUACAAUUAAACAGUCAAGCCAGGGAACAAAA